UUUUAACACAGACAAGGGAGAAAUUAUUAGAUUACACACACAGGGACAAACCAUUUCCUGAGCCCAUAUGGAGACGGUACAAAGUAAUUUCUCUGAAGAUUCAGGAUCCAGAGAAAACAAAUUUGCAGGUCAUUCAUAUCCUACGGGGAAGAUCCAGGUCAUUGGAGACAUUUUCCAGUUCACAGUUGAUGUUGGUGAAUUUUCUCCGGAGGAUGUUAUUGUCACAACCUCCAAUAACCUGAUAGAGGUCCACGCUGAGAAGCUGGGUGAAGAUGGCAUAGUCACAAAUACUUUUUCCCACCGAUGCAAACUGCCAUCAGAUCUGGACCCGGUAUCUGUCACCAUGUCCAUGGACGUCAGUGGGAUCCUGACCGUCAGAGCUCACAGGAUAUGACCUCAGGACUCAACUAACUAGAGAGUGAAACACUGGAGUUUGGCGGCCUCUAGCGGUGGACGAUGGAAUCACUUAAUGAAAUACUCAAGGACGAUCGGAAAUAUUUGCAUAAAUCUUAAUAUUUUUCUACGGAUAGAACUCAA